AUGAUUCAAGUCAGAAUUGGUUUGGAAGCUCCACCCGAUCUAUUGGCCAAUAUUAAAUUCAUUCAACACAAUCAACAACAUCAUUUGUAUCAUCCAUCAUCAGCAGCAGCAACAACAACAACAACAUCAUCGACCAUAAUGAUUGAUCCAAGUAAUAGUACUACUAGUAGUGGUGGUGGUGGCCAUGAGGAAGAAUUGGAUAAUGACGAAGAGGAUGAUGAAGAUCUCAGCAACAGUCCAAUGAUGACAGUCUCACUCCAUCAUCAUCAUCAUCAUAAUAAUCAUCAUUCACCACCACACUACUCUUCCGAUGAAGAGUCCAUCCAUGAUCCCACAACAAGAGGACAACGGUAUACUGGAUCCAUUGAAGAAGAAGAGGAUGCACUUGUUGAAGAACUUCAGACCCGUCAUUACAUGAAUGAUGAUGGUGAUGAUUUGAUCGAUCAAGUCUACGACGAUGAUGAAUUUACAACACUCGUUCCAUGUGAUGAUUCUUCUGAAGAGGAAGCCUUUGAGGAGGGUGAAGCCUUCAAUAAUUAUCAUUCCAGUUCGAAAAGAAGAAGAGGAAAUUGUGUUCAAGGUUCAUGUCAUCAUGAACAAUGUUCGCACAAUGAUGAUGAGACUGUGGAAGAACAUGACACGAGUAGUAGUAGUCAUCGACCGAAGAAUGAUUUAAAUCAAGCAUGUUUGUUAGAUUCUCCACCGUCAUUGGUGUGUGAUGAUUAG